AAGUAUUUUCUAUGUAUACGUUGUUUUCCUUAAUCUUUUAAAAGACUUUUGGCUUCUUCCACUCCUUGCAUAUUCAUUUUUAUUUAUUUAACCCAGGUACAAUUUUAUCCCCUGUUCUCCUUUGUAUUUUAUUGUUAUAAGUUUCAUGAUUGAUUUGAAUUUAAAUACAUAAAUACUUUUGUGAAUAUAAAAUUUACCUAAUAUUAUUAAAACACGCAUAUUCAAACAGGCUGUUUCUGUCAUCUUAAUUUAUUAAAAAAAAAAAAAAACAUUACUGCAGUACCUCCUGAUGGGGGCGCUGUUUCAACACUGAUACUACGUAACCGCAGAAGAAGAAACUACUCACGCUUUAGCAAUACUUAUUUUGUUGUUGUUAAAAGAGAAACUGUCACUGCACGUAUUUAUCUCAGGGUUUGUCCAGUGGUUCUGCCCCAAAAAAGCGAUGCUGGUCACCGUUUUCUGCGCGCCGAGGGAUCGUCCAGAAAGCACGUUUGCCCUCGAGGUGUCCCCGGAGCUGGAGCUGAGAGACUUUGUAGCACUUUGUGAACUGGAGUCGGGUAUUCCUGCCGGGGAAAUUCAGAUCACAUAUGUAGAGCAGCCGCUAAAGGACCCCACGCGUGCCUUGGGGAAUUAUGGGGUUAAGGACGGCGAUGUUGUGGUUCUACGACAAGCGGACCGAAGGCCGCCACCGACUCAGCCAGCCUUGUCAGGUCUGCCCCGUAUCGACUUUCGCUCCAUCACAGUCCCAGGUACGUCUUCAUCAACCAACCAGCGCAGCUCUAUAAGGCCGCCGCCGCCACAGCAGCAGCCGCCGACUCAACCGCCGCCGCCACAGCAGCCUCGGCCUGCGCAGCCUUCCACACCUACGGCCUCUCGUGGCUCCUUCCCCCAGGGGCUGGACGACCCCGCCUUACUCCAGCAGAUGCUCUUAUCAAAUCCACACGAGCUCUCGCUCCUAAAAGAGAGAAACCCUCCGCUAGCCGAGGCCCUGCUGAGUGGAGAUUUAGAGCGUUUCACCAAAGUGCUGCUGGAGCAGCAGCAGGACCGAGCCAAACGGGAACAAGAGCGGAUCAGACUUCUGACUGCUGAUCCAUUUGAUUUAGAAGCCCAAGCAAAGAUUGAAGAAGACAUCAGGCAACAUAACGUGGAGGAAAACAUGACCAUUGCAAUGGAGGAAGCCCCAGAAAGCUUUGGACAGGUGGUUAUGCUCUACAUUAACUGCAGAGUCAACGGCCACCCAGUAAAAGCUUUUGUCGACUCAGGAGCCCAGAUGACCAUCAUGAGCCAAGCGUGUGCGGAGCGCUGUAAUAUCAUGCGGUUGGUGGACCGACGCUGGGCCGGGAUCGCCAAAGGAGUGGGAACUCAGAAAAUCAUCGGGAGAGUUCAUCUGGCUCAGGUACAAAUUGAGGGAGAUUUUCUUCCCUGUUCUUUCUCCAUUCUGGAAGACCAGCCCAUGGACAUGCUGCUGGGCCUGGACAUGCUGAAGAGACACCAGUGCUCAAUAGACCUGAAGAAGAACUUGCUGGUAAUUGGCACCACGGGCACCGAAACCCGCUUCCUGUCGGAGGCGGAGCUGCCAGAGUGCGCCCGGCUGGCGUACGGCGCGGAGGGCCGUGAAGACGCCCGUCCAGAGGAAAUAGCCGACAGAGAGCUGGCAGAGGCGCUUCAGAGGUCCAUACAGGAAAGCGGUGAGCAGCCGGAGUCUGUUCAUGGAGCCACGUUUGCAUGAAAGCUUCUUACUCUCAUUUAUGCCGUCAUCUGAACGUUUAGUUCCUGAUCACGCCGUUUUCACUGUGUACCACGAAAGAGGACGAGGAUUUGGUUCAAUAACCCUCAUUAUCAGCAUAUAGAAGAUUGAUUUUUAUCAACAUGGCUAGUAACUUUUAUCUUUCUUUGUAUCAUAAAUAAUUCAUGACGCAUUUAUCACAGAGUAAACUAACAUUUUAGAUGUUUAUAAAGAGAAAGUGUCAGUAAAAGCAAAAGUUAUUCAUGUUUUUAGACACAGACCUCAGAGAAAAGCCCAGAGCUGAACGAAGCGAGGCGUCAGGGAUGUUACUCUGCUCGCUCUGCGGUUGUUUCUGGAGGACCCUUUUCACGCGCGUGCGUGCGUGUGAAAAGGCCGAUGGUUUGGUGCAUGCCCUGUGUGUGACUGCUAACUCUCUCCGUCCC